AUGUCACAUUACUCUAAACGAAUUUUUAAAAAGAAACAUGAACUACCAAUAUCAUAUGAAUAUCCUACUACUAAUGCUUCAUCAGUCAAUAAUGUAAAUCUUAAACAAUUAUCACUUUUUAUACUUAUUAUUCAAAAUACUAUGCUGGUUUUAGUUAUGCGUUAUUCAAGAACAACAUUGCCAGAAGAUCAACCAAUGUAUAUUGCAUCAACUGCUGUUUUUAUGGCAGAGAUCAUCAAGAUCAUCACUUGUUUCUCUGUACUCUAUUAUCAAGGACAUACUUUAACUUUCUUUCAUAAACCUCGAGAAAUUUUAAAAAUGUUAAUACCCAGUAGUCUUUAUGCUCUCCAAAAUAACUUGCUUUAUAUUGCCCUUAGUAACCUUGAGGCAGCGACUUUUCAAGUCACAUACCAACUUAAAAUUCUCUCAACGGCGAUCUUUUCAGUUAUCAUGUUAGGUCGGACAUUAACUUCAACCCAAUGGUUUGCAUUAGUGCUCCUAAUGGCUGGUGUUACACUUGUACAAAGCGAAACAGUUGUCACUACCAAUCACUCUUCCUUAACGGAACAACAGCAAAAUCCGUUGGUGGGUCUUGUUGCUGUUCUUAUGUGCUGUAUUUCAUCGGGAUUUGCGGGAUGUUACUUUGAAAAGAUUUUAAAAUCUUCAAUCUCUUCUAUGUGGGUCCGUAACAUACAGCUAGCACUUUGUGGUGCUCUUUUUUCAUUCAUAGCUAUGCUAAUUGGAGAUUUUGAUUUAAUUAAGUCGAAUGGUUUCUUUCAAGGUUAUAAUGCUUUAACUUGGUGUGUGAUCGUGAAUCAAGCUUUAGGUGGAUUAUUAGUAGCGCUUGUUGUAAAAUAUGCAGAUAAUAUCUUGAAAGGAUUUGCCACAAGCAUCUCUAUCAUCGUCUCUGGCUUACUCAGUUUUUGUCUCUUUGACUUCAAGCCUUCUAUUUUAUUUAUAAUUGGUACAGGAAUUGUUAUACUUUCUACUGUUCUAUAUACAACAACGAAUAACAACAACAAGUAUCGAUAUAAUUAA